AUGGUGGACAUCGCCGCACACAGCGAGACCCGAUUCUCCGAACAAGGCCAACUGGAGGAGGUGGGUGCCGGUUACACCUUCUUCUGGAGAGGUCGGCCCAGGGCAGAGCGACGAGACGCGGGUGCCGACUUCGCCAACCGCAACGACAUCGUGGGACGACUGCGCUGUCUGCCGCGGGAUAUCAAAGAUCGCCUGAUGAGCCUCCGCCUGCAUCUCCGGGGUGGGGGCAAAUUCGCCACCAUCAUCAGCGUCUACGCUCCGCCAAUGAGCAGUCCCGACGCCGUCAGAGACAAAUUCUACGAGGACCUGCACGCCCUCUCGGCGACUGUGUCGAAGGCGGCCAAGCUGAUUGUCCUUGGUGACUACAACGCCCGCGUCGGCACAAACCAUACUGAACGGAGCGGAACUUUGGGUUGGUCAUCAUCGCGCAGAAGACGGUGGUGACGCAUCAACCGCAACCCAACUCAGUCACAGCCCCCAACGAGCUGCAAAUCAGCGUGAAUGGGACCCUACUGCAAGUGGUGGAGAACUUCCCGUACCUGGGCAGUACCCUCUCCCGCAACACCAAGAUCGAUGACGAAGUCGCCAACAGCAUCUCGAAAGCCAGUCAAGCCUUCGGUCGCCUCCAAAGCACAGUUUGGAAUCGUCAUGGUCUUCAACUGAGCACGAAGCUGAAGAAGUACAAGGCCGUCAUCCUGCCGACACUUCUGUGUGGAGCGGAGACUUGGACGGUGUACACAAAGCAGGCACGCCGUCUGAACCACUUCCACCUCAGUUGUCUUCGUCGCAUCCUGAUGCUAAACUGGCAGGAUCGAAUCCCCGACACUGAUGUGCUGGAACGGACGGGCAUCGCCAGCAUCUACACCAUGCUGAGACAAAUGCAGCUGCGCUGGAACGGCCACCUGAUGCGCAAUGGAGGACGAGCGACUACCCAAACGACUCUUUUACGGAGACGUCGCGACGGGUUCUCGCCGUCAAGGAGGCCAGAUUCGCCGUUACAAGGACACUCUGAAGUCCUCCCUGAAGCGCCUGCAAAUCCACCCGAGCAACCUGGAAGAGCUCGCCGGCGAUCGUCCGACAUGGAAAAGAACAGUGAAGACGGGCGCUGCUAUCCACGAAGCUAA